AAACCGCAUAGAAUCGCUUCGCUUUAUAGAGGUCGGGCUCGGCAGAUUGUCGAAGAACAUUUGCGGCAGCUCAACAUCAAAACCAAAGGCUCUCUGAUGAUCUGCAUGUGUCACACUGGAAAGUUACUUUGAUCAUUUGGGAUUGUUUUAUAAAACUGACAGACCUCGGACCAAAAAGAAUUUUCCCGAAGUCUGAAGCCUUGCGGGAAUAUUAUAGCUGAAGAGGAGAGAAACGAUACCUUUCAUCGGCAGGGUUCACAGUUGGAGAAGGACACUUGUCUCAGUGAAAUAAGGGCCACUCGGUGGUUGCCUUCGUCCUCACCCUUGGAGUGGAAAGCCAAGGCCCGCGCCAUGGAGGAUUAUUACCAGAUCCUGGGUGUUCCGAGAAAUGCAUCCCAUGACGAAAUAAAGAAAUCGUACAAAAAGCUAGCAUUAAAGUGGCAUCCAGACAAAAACCCAGACAAUAAAGAAGAGGCGGAGAUAAGGUUCAAAGUGAUCUCCGAAGCAUAUGAAGUCCUGUCAGAUGCAAACAAACGCAGUCAGUAUGAUAGAUAUGGAAAACAAGGCCUAUCUGGUAGAGGAGGCCAUUAUGACGAGGACUUCACAGGCGGAUUCACAUUCCGUAACCCAGAAGAUGUCUUCAGGGAAUUCUUUGGAGGUCGAGAUCCAUUCGCAGAUUUCUUUGCUGAUGACCCCUUUGAAGAUUUCUUUGGUAGGCGGCACAGGGGUGUAAACAGGAGCAGGACGGCAGGUUCAUUCUUUUCUGGAUUUUCACCAUUCGCUUCUGCCUUUCCUGAGUUUGACAUGGGUAUGUUAAUUUGUGUGAGCCUAAAGCUUUAUUCAUUGGCAUACACUUUUGUAUUUGUGUAUCUACAGUAUGUGCCUUUCAUCAUCUCUGCAGGUUUCACAUCGUUUGGUCCAAUAGGUGGAGGCGGUUUUAACUCGUUCUCCUCGCCUUCACUUGGGAGUGGUGGAGGAGGAGGAGGAGGAAUGGGAAUGGGAAACUUUCGCUCGGUCUCCACAUCUACCAAAUUUGUCAAUGGAAGGAGGAUAACAACCAAACGCAUUGUAGAGAAUGGUCAAGAAAGAGUGGAGGUAGAAGAAGACGGUCAGCUCAAAUCUCUUACAGUUAAUGGUGUUUCUGAAGACAAGGCAUUGGAGGAAGGUCACAGGCAAACUGCUUCACACAACCGUUACCUCAGAAAUGUGGCCCAGUACCCGGUGGAGGAGGAUGAUGAGAGAGGCCUGCAGAAUCUGGGAUUUGCCAAAGGUUUCUUUGACACCAGAAGAAAGAAACAUUUCCUAAAGGAAGCAGAUAACAAAAAGAAACGUAUGCCAAGAAUGGCUCCUCGAAUUGGGGUUUGGUUCUAAGAGUUUUGACAACAUAUGGUAUUAUAGCCUACAUCAUGCUAAUUUUCAGUAUAUGAACAUAAUGGAGACAUACAGUACCUGUUACACAUUACAGUACAGUACAAUUUUUUUUACAAAGUUCUAUUUUGAUAAUUCUUACAAUUACUUAUGCACUCUCCACAUCCAAUGUACAAGUUAUAAGGUCAGUAUAUGGCUCACUCUAAAUCACAGCCAUACAACAUUAACAUAAUAUUCUUCUUUAACCCUGUUUAUGCUGCCAACGUAGCCAAUUUUAAUUUUUGUAAAUAAAGGGAGAAGAAUAGUGUACAGAUUUCUUCUGUAUCAUUUGAUAUCUCCCUAUUGCAAAUAUUUCUUGAAAAAAACAUAAAUGCACAAUAAUGCACCAAUUGUUUUCAUCAACUAAUGACUGAAGAGUCCAUUUGCAUAUCCAAUAACCUUUUAUUUCCCAGAUGGAUAUAAAAGGAACUACACUUAAAUUUGUACUGAUUUAAGGACAUUCCCCUUUAAUGUGAUAUUGGAAAUAACACAUUGUAUUAGUCACUGGAUAAUUAUCCCAACUGAAAUGUAUUAUGAUACUUUAAACCAUUAAAUUGAUCGUCUCAUUAUUCUGUAAUAUACCGUGUUUACUAGUUACUCAAAUAAGUUGCAUGUGUCUUUUUCAGUACUUUAAUAAUGUAAUGAAAAUAAUCCUUUACUAUGAAUAUUUAGGUAUGGCACUUUAAAGUUUGUAUGUUUGCUAUGCGUUUAGAGCAUUAUGCAUUUUGUACUGAAUAUAGGCAUGCAAGCUAAAUAUUGACAUGAUAUGUAAGAGUUGAUUGAAGAGCCAGAAGUGCAGAAGAAAGAAUGAUGAGACAGAAAGACAGAACAGGUGGUUAGGGUGAGACAGGAAAGCGAGAAGCACAAGGGAGAAAAAGAUGGAAAGAUUUCUGAAUUAUUUAUUCACCAAUGUGAAAGAACAUAUUUCACUGUGUCUUUUGAUCCAGUCUUAAGCACUGUAUCAAUAUUUUAGAGAAUACUCCAGAUGUGGCAUAUCUAAAAAUGUGGAUACGUUAAUUUUUUUGCACAUUGUUUAUGUUAUGCAAUUUGACACAUUAUGUGUCAUUUUGUGUUGAUUUUUUCAUCAAAAUACAUAAAAGGUACACUGAAAAAAAUUAUGCAUUCAAUUUACUCAAUUUUUUUAAGGUAAGUGGUUGCAAUCAAUUUAUUUAAGCUACAUUUAAACAAAAAAAGAUUAGUAAAGUAAAAGCUUAAAUAAAUUGAUUGCAACCACUUACCUUAAAAAAAUUGAGUAAAUUGAAUGAAUAUUUUUUUCAGUGAACAACACAAAUUGUGUUAAAAGUAACACAAAAUGUGUUGUUCCCAUAAUAACACAAAGAUGGGUCUAAGGGGCAACACAUUUAGUUGUCCUUAAAAAACACAGAUUAUGUUGUUUUUAACACCAUUUUUAGAGUGCAUGUCCUUUUUGCAUGUUUUAUAUAAUUAGUUUAGAAAGCUAAAGCAACAGAGAAUGCAUUUAUUGUCAUAUGUAUUAUUCAAAUGUUUCAACAUUUGCUAAUGUCAGUUUUUGCCUAUGCCUUAUAAUUAUGAGAGGUGAACAGCACAGAAAGUAUUUUAGUCACGUUUUCCAGUGUUUGUCUUGGGGAUAAAUUACUUCACUGUAUAAUAAAGCAUAGAAUCAUUUUAUAUUGCAUAUAUGUUUAUACUUAAGUAAAAGUAGGAAUGUACCAGACGUUUAAUGUACUUAAAUAUUAAAUGUAAAAUAAAAACUACUAUUUAUGAAAUGUAGUGGAGUAAAAAUUAUGAUAAUAUGCUUUAGAAUGUAUGAAAAACUGAUAAAAUACGAAUACUUAAGUAGAAAGUAAAACUACUACUGUCCACCUCUGAUAAUAAUGUAUUAUCUGUUUAUACAUGCUGUUAUUCUGUAGUGUGGAUAGUGGACUUAUAUCUGUUCACUUUGUCCUUUCCUACAGUUGUGAUUUUUAACAUCAUAUUUCUAUUAUUUGGCAAGUGUGUAAAUGUCUGAUUUUCUUUGCCAUUUGCCAAUAAAGAUUAAUAUAAUUAAAAUAAUUA